UCUCAACUGGUAUGGCCGUGGAGCAAAAAAAUGAAUAAACACUGCAUGAGAGCGGCCAGUUAGUGAGCUGGGCGUCAGCUUUUACCGUAUUCAUGUGCCUGGCGUCUUUGUCAAGUGGUAUUCCCCCCAAAACAAAAAUUCUUCCCUUCCAAACCUCAAUGUUUUCUUCCACACUCCACCGCAACACCUUUCAAUCGAAAGCUCGCAUGCUUGCCCCUUGAUUUAUAACAUCGGACGAGAAGAAUGUCCUCCCCCUCUUCACUGCUCCUCGGGGCGAUUCUUACCCAAUGUUUGCUCUUGGCUUCCUGCGCAGCAGGAGAAUCGCAGCUGCGAAGAGCCCGCGUUGAUUACGAGCAGCCGGAGCACGUCAUGGAUCGAAACGAGCAAGAGGCGCUCUACCAGGUCAUGGAAUCCCUGCUCAAUGAGUCCUCCCAGUGGCGAGCCAAGCAUCCCCACCCCUGUAGCAGCUACCAUCCAUGGCCGGGCCUCGAGUGCCAGCAGCUGGGAGGAUCCAGCGGCAGCAGCAGCGAUGACUACCUUCUUCACGUCACCAAGAUCACGCUUGUCGGCUCCAACCCGGCCACCGCUUGCAAGAAGAAUGCCUCCUUGUCCCCGGCAAUCUUUAAGCUCCCCUUCCUCAGGGCACUCGUCAUCAUGAGCUGCUUUGUAUCCCCCAGCACCAACAGCACCAACAUUCCUUGGUCGGGCCUCGACAAGCUUGCCUCGUCGCUCCAGGUCCUUACUCUCCGCGGGAACUCGGGCCUCACGGGCACCAUCCCCAAGCAGCUGGGAAGCUUGGCCAAGCUCGAGGUUCUCAGCUUGUCGCAAAACGGGCUCCAUGGGAGCGUCCCGGUGGAGCUGGGAGGCCUGGAAAAGCUCCAGAAUCUCGACUUGAGCUACAACUCUCUCGCAGGAGCGAUUCCGGGUGAGUUGGGACGGUUGCAGAGCCUGUCGAUUCUCGAUCUUAGCAACAACAAGCUGGGGGGGCAUAUCCCGGAUUCGAUCGGGAAACUGGCGCAGCUCAAGAAGCUGGAUCUAAGCAGCAACGCGCUGGAUGGAUCCAUUCCAGCCGCGCUUGGGAGCUUGAGCAAUCUCCAGUUCUUGGCUCUGGACAGGAACGGCAUCACUGGCGGCAUCCCUCGCGAGCUGCAAGGAUUGAGCAACCUCCAGUCACUUCUCCUCCAGGAUAAUCCCAUGCACACGACCAUACCUGACUUUUGGAAGAGCCUUGGAAAAAUCUCGCAGCUGAGGCUUUCCAACUCGGGAUACACGGGCGGCAUUCCGGGAUCCAUUGUUCUUCUCAAGAACCUCACGGAACUGGCGCUGGAAAGAAACUUCCUCACGGGCUCCAUCCCCGAAAGCCUGGGAUCACUCCCAAACAUCUACCACUUGAAUCUCAGCAACAACCUCUUGUCCGGUCUCGUCCCCUUCGCUCCUAGUUUCUACGCGAGACUGGGUGAUAACUUGGAUCUUCAUGGCAACACCGGAUUGUGCUCUACUGCCGCUGCUAGAUCCGAUGAUCUGAGGAGCUGCCCGGGUGGAAAAUCGAGCCAGUCAUUGUCAUCAUCCAGCUCUUCCUCGGCUCCAUCACAGCAGCAACGAGUUCUUCGCAGCUUCUUUUCCAUCUCCGUGUUCUUUUACUUCAUCUGUACGAUUCCUUAGAAAAAUUUUGUCCCUCGAGCGAUUGGAUCUAUAUAAAACUCUCUCGAAUCUGCUAAUCUCGAGCCAAGUACCCACUAUCGAAGUACCCACUGUGACCGUUUGCUCCGACCACGCUCCCUCCAACGAAGAGACCCCACACGGAACGGGAGAGCAGAGAAGAAAAGUAGAAAAAGGCAAAAAGAGAGAAGCGACAUCACACCCCCAUCUGCUGCAUCGCUGAUGCUUGCUUGCUAAGAGAUGCGUACUUGGAGUACUUGCCGCUGCCAGAUCUUCAGUGGGCGGUCUUGUCUA